AUGUGUAUAUGUGUGGUGACCCCCUUGUGCCCAACACAACGUUCGUUCUUCUUCGACCCCAAAGAAAUCGCUUCAAUGCGUGCUCUUCUUCCUCACCACCUUGCCGCCAAAUCCACCACCUUUGAGGUCCUCACAGCAUGGCUCUGGCGUUCUCGCACAACAUCACUAGAAUGGCCAAACCCUAACCAAGAGGUUCGUUUGUUGUUUGUCGUGAAUUCACGUUUCGGACAUUUCAGGGUCAACCCUCCACUGCCUGAAGGGUUUUACGACAAUGCUUUCGUGUCUACAGUCGUAGUAACCACUUUGGAGAAACUUUUGGAUCAUCCCUUAGGGUACUCCUUGGAGCUAGUGAAGAAGGCCAAGUACGACAUAAAUGAAGAGUAUGUGCAGUCGGAGGUAGAAGGAAGUUUUUGGUCAGUGUCUUUUCUUGUGUCGGACCUCACAAAAGAUAGGUUAACAAAUGUGGACUUUGGGUGGGGCAAGGCUAUGUAUAGUGGGGCAUCCAACGCUGGUUUGGGGGAGAGUAUGCUUGAUGUGAGUUAUUAUGUUCCCUACACCAACUCUAAAGGAGAGUAA